ACACAAGCGCCACAGCUCCAUCCACGCCAAACAAGUGGAAUCCUAAUGCCAUUUCAUUGAGAGGUAGUACCAUUGAUUGUGUCUAGCGCCCGCCCCCCAUCUCCUCUCUCGCAAACACCCCCAGAGCACAAUGCGGCGCUUGAUAGGGACUGAAAAGAGCGCUUAGUCCGUUUGUUGUACAAAUCUAGAGCCUACUAGACACCGCGGACCCCCCUUCUCUUUCACUUGGUAUAACCCAGAUUGCAGUUUCUCUUUGUCGUUCUGUUUCCUGUUCAGGUUUAUUUGAGGGACUGACGAUGGCGGCUACGGAGAUAGUGCGGCAGAUGGGUGAAGGGUGCCGCAGCCUUCCUCUUUCGGCCCAUGUGGGAUUUGACAGCCUGCCGGACCAGCUGGUUACCAAAUCAGUUAACCAUGGCUUUUGUUUUAACAUUCUCUGUGUGGGUGAGACUGGCCUCGGUAAAUCUACAUUGAUGGACACCUUGUUUAACACCAAGUUUGAAAGUGAGCCCAAUUCACAUUCACAACCUGGGGUGCAGCUUAAAUCCAGUACAUAUGAUCUUACAGAGAGUAAUGUGCGUCUGAAACUGACAGUUAUUAACUCCAUUGGUUUUGGGGACCAGAUUAACAAAGAAGACAGUUACAAACCUAUUGUUGAGUUCAUUGAUUCCCAAUAUGAAGCCUACCUGCAGGAGGAGCUGAAGAUUAAAAGAGUCUUUCAUAACUACCAUGAUUCUCGUAUCCAUGCCUGCCUCUAUUUUAUUGCUCCCACGGGUCAUUCUCUGAAGUCUCUUGACCUGGUAACUAUGAAGAAACUGGACAGCAAGGUUAAUAUUAUUCCAAUCAUUGCUAAAUCCGAUGCCAUUUCUAAGAGUGAACUGACUAAAUUCAAGAUUAAGAUUACAAGUGAGCUGGUUAGCAAUGGAGUACAGAUCUAUCAGUUUCCCACAGAUGAUGAAACAGUCGCUGAAAUAAAUGGGACAAUGAAUGCUCACUUGCCCUUUGCAGUGGUUGGCAGCACAGAGGAAGCAAAAAUAGGAAACAAAAUGAUGAAAGUUCGGCAGUACCCUUGGGGAACUAUUCAAGUUGAAAACGAAUCUCACUGUGAUUUCAUCAAGCUGAGAGAGAUGCUGAUACGGGUGAACAUGGAGGAUUUACGUGAACAAACACACACACAUCAUUAUGAACUUUACCGAAGGUGCAAAUUGGAGGAAAUGGGCUUCAAAGACACAGACCCAGACAGCAAACCAUUCAGUUUACAGGAGACCUACGAAGCAAAAAGAAAUGAAUUUCUGGGAGAUCUGCAGAAGAAAGAAGAGGAAAUGAGGCAGAUGUUUGUUCAGAGAGUGAAAGAGAAGGAAGCUGAGCUGAAGGAGGCAGAAAAAGAGCUCCACGAAAAGUUUGACCGCUUAAAAAAGUUACAUCAAGAGGAGAAGAAAAAGCUUGAAGAUAAGAAAAAAAGCCUGGACGACGAGGUGAAUGAAUUUAAGAAACGGAAAACUGCCACAGAGUUAUUGCAGUCACAGCAGGCUGGGGGCUCGCAGACCUUGAAACGGGAGAAAGAGAGAAAGAAUUGUUACCUGUGUGCUGUCUUACAGUUAAUUCUGCUGUCUGCUGCAUGGGGCUCAUGGUCCGGUUCUGGUUUCCUGUAAUUUCAAUUGUAUUGGCACUUUUCCAUUUAGCAUGUUAUGUGCUCCAUCUGUGUUCAUUCCAUAUACCUUCUGCAUGUAAAGCAUGGAAAUCUGGUGGGUUAAGUUCUUUCCAUCUUGUUGAAGACAUCACCACCAAUAACCUGCAUGGAACCACAUUGCCAACCAUCUCCUGCAUCCAUCCACUUGUGUUUCCUGCAUGUUUUACCCACAGACUCAUGAAUAUACUGCAUGUCCUCUUAACUCCCUAUCACUUUCAUUGCGUUUUAAAGUUCGUUUUUUUUACUCAGUAGCCGUCCGAAAUUUGAUUUGUGAUCAUAUGGUGCAAAUUUAAUGUAGGCACUUUCGGCAGGGCAAGAAUUUGUUGCCCACUUUCCACCAUGGGAGCUAGCACUUGCAGAUCAUUAACAGUUUCACAUAUGACAAACCACUGAUUUCUAGUUAUUUUAUUGGUAUUCAGAACCUCACGAUAUUGCCAAAUAAAAUACAUUUUCUUUCGCAAAAA